AUGUCCGCAGCGUCUUGCCAAGGUCUUCGCCUAUGUGGCACAUGUGCCACCAGACGACUCCAGCACCGACGCAGAGCUUUGAACCCCUCGCGGGGCUUCCCGCCCGUGGGCACUACGAAAUUUCGUAUAACGCCGUACCUGGUGGCAGGCACGCAAAAGCAUCUGUCAGAGGGCAUGAUGCGUGAUGUGUGAGACUACAUUCAGCUUGCCGCUGAAGCUGCUUCACAUCUAAAGACCGUGGCGCAAGUAUCGAUCGAAAUGACGCUCGCAGCGAGAACCGCAUUGGUGCAGACAUCAGGAACAAUAAGGAAUUGAUUUUGCCGGAGCUCACACAGACGCCCGCCCCCCUAGGGGACGCGUAGGCUCCUCCAGGCUCCGACGUUCACAUGUUCUUGAGAUGAUCGCGCGGUCCUCUUGAAAGUAGACCCAGCAAAUUCACAGAGGGGCGCUACACACUUUUGCUCGUCCGCCGAAAGCGUUUGGGGGCGGGAUUGCUUUAUUCCCGCUGUCACGUUAAUAAGUAUCUUCGGACGUUUUUUGUCGGUUUUCUUUGUAAAAAAAUGACGCACGAAGUAGAAAUAUUUGUCGCUCGCGCCGCCGUGGAGGGGGCACAACGGCGCGGGAUAUUCUUCAUAACUAUAGAGCAGUAGAAAUUUUAGAAACGGAGAGACCAAAGGAA